CAAAAAAGAAGUUUAAUUUUAACGCAUGUGUAGGAUUUAAAAAAACACCACCCUAAAGAAGCACCCUGUGCCCUGUGCUUCGGAACGGAUCGGUGAACCUGUCAAGUGAGCACGGAAUUGGUGUCAGCGUGCCAUCACUAGCGAAAAUUUCCAUGUCGAUUUAUCAACCUUCCGUCUGUUUACUUGCGUUUUCGUGCAGCAUAAAUAUCGGACAAAAUACUCAGCGAGAAAGUUUCGAUUGUGAUUUUCUUUGCAAAACUAUUACACAAUUAGGAGUUUAAUCGGUUUCUAAGCUAUCAAAAUGGAUACUUUAGGCACAGAGAUUGGUCAGAAAAUGAGGAGUGCCGUAAAGGCAAAGCUGAUCGAACUUGGCACCGGUUCGGCGACCGGUUAUAUCGAUGAUGAGUUACCGGAUUACGUGAUGAUUAUGGUGGCAAACAAACGUUCCCGGCAGCAGAUGGUCGACGAUCUGUCACUGUUUCUCGGUGCACAAACCGAGAUAUUCGUAAACUGGUUGCAUCAGGUGCUGCAAAAGCUGCAGGAAGUGACGCUACCGGCAUCCGCUGCCACGAAGUCGAAAGAAAGCACCAAAAGGAAAUCCUCCGAGGUGGAAGACAAAAAGAAGGACAAGAAACGGAAAGACAAGAAAACGAAACGGAGAGACCGUAGCACUGACGGGGAGGAAGCUGCAGACGCUGUCCCCGGUCGCACGAGUGGUACGGAAGACAAUACACCUCCAAGGCCGGCAGUAGUACUGCCGGCAACCUCUAUAACAGAAGUAUUCGCACAUCAGUACAUAGAAAAGGCUAAGAAGUCGCUCGAAUCGGACAGCAUACCGAUCGCGAAGAAAGCACCUGCAGAACGAUCCGAAUCACGGGAUCGAACGAAGAGCAAUACACCACCGACGGCCAGGGAAGAGCACAGCAUGCCUUCGAUUGCCGAUAUCGCUAGUGCAAGUGUUGUCCAAAAGCACCACAAGGAACUUUGUGAGCUGAAGGAAAUUGAAGAAAGAAUUAGUGCUGCGAAGCGCCAUUUAAAGUCAUUAGGAACGGAUAUUUCAGACGAAGAUAGUGAAGAUUUGCUCCUGUUGAAGGCAAAUGAAGAUGAUUUGCUCCUGUCACGAGUGCGGUCGGAUGAACCAACUUCAACGCGAAGUACCAAACCGUCACAAAGCACAGUAAGUAAACAAAGGCAACGAAUAACUAUGGGCCCUGAGGAGCCUCCGAAGCAAGCGCCACCAGCUCAAAGCACUGCACCAUUGGCUGCUUCACGGUCGACAGACUCACAACAAGCUAAUGCUAAGAAACGGUCAGUUUUAGAACGCCUGGGAACCAAAAAAUCUUCCAUCACUGCUGAGCGAGAAAAAAAUACAAACCUAGAUACAAGAACUACGCGAGAACCUGCCACGAAGGAUGUGAACAAAUCUAGCGACGCUGCAAAUACGGGCAGUUCUGGAUCAAAAAGUACCAUCAUUAGCCUAUCGGCACACAGGCGAGAGGAGAGAGAAAUUUAUGUGCCGCUUUUUCGGCGCAAGGAAGCAUCACAGGAUCAAACAGCAUCAAAAAACCGAUUGCGGCAGGAGACUACAAUAAAGGGAGACAACCGUCAAAGGGAAAAAAGCCGUGAAAGUAACACCCGCGACACAAGAUCUCCUGCCGCACGAUUACCACCAUCAUCUCAUGCACGCACCGAUAGCAAUCGUGAAAGAUCUCGAGAAAGUAAUUUUCGUCGUUUAGAGCGCGAUCGUGUGGAGCGCGUUGAUGAUCAAUCGAUGGGACGCAAAUCUCGUCCGAGGGAGCGUUCGCGCAGUCGCGAGUGGCUCAGGGAUAACAACCGGGAACGUUCCGGUUCUGGUGGUCACGUCAAGAAUGGGACCGACACCACAGUGCGUGGACGCAUAGGUUCACGGGUGAUUGUGCUUCCACCGAAACCGGAAUACAACGAAGACGUGAUCGAAGUCCCGGUGGCGAGCGUUAUCAAAGUACAACCACGGCCCGUUGUACCAAAGGCAAAACAGCCGAGCAAGAACCUGUUGUUAAAAGCAAUGGCCGAAGCACAACGGUCGACGGUAGCGAAUCUAAAGAAAACGAUUGAUAACACCAGAGAUAUUGGAAUGCAUCGUACAGAUAUUAAGCGUAAACUUGUGAUUGAGAUUUCCGGUGUUACUAAUAGCCAUCUGCCCGUCGACGUGCAAUACGAGCGCGUACCGGAUACCCACUACACGUCCCACGAAGGAGUUACGUUUAACAAACUAAGAGAGGAAGACGAUCAUCACGAACAGCAGGAAGAGGAAGAGGAGGUACACGAAGUGGAUAUAACAAACCAGGUGUUGAUGGAGGAUUGUGAUGUAGAUGAGGAAUUUAAAGAAAUCCUUCAGGACGAAUACGAAGGACCGAAAUUAUCCGUAGCACAGGAUUAUGAAAUGGAGGUAGCAGAAGAAGAUGUAGCCAGCACCAAACAGGAAGCAGUUACAAACGAAAGCAAGGAUACAAAAUUUGUGGUCACUUUAGAUGGAGCCUUUAAGACGUCUGUAGACAGAGAAGUAUCACCAAGUCACACGCCACCACCGCCACCCGUAGCAGCACCCUCGGAACAGACCAAGGGAAGAAUGUCCGUGAAGGAUCGAAUUGGGUACAAAGUUGGUGCCCGAGAACCGGCAACAAAGUCUCCCAAUCCAAAGGAUUCCAAAGAGAUGGAAGAAACGCUUAAGAAACGUAAGGAACGAUUUAGCGAAAAGCUUGUAGCAGCCGCGGCAACAGCAAAACCAGCUAGUAAGAAACCUUCUUCUCCAACUGCUCCGUUAAAUGCUACUUCACGAGGAGCGGCAUCAACGCAUGGUAAUAAUUCAUCCUCGUCGAGAUCUAACCGAUCGCCGAAAACAAAUUCACGUUCCACCCAAAGCCACUCCUCGUCGUCGCGUCGUCGAACACCAUCGGUUAGCCCGGAACGUGGCCCAAGGCCCAAAAAUAGCUCCCCAGUCGAAAGUCGUUCGAAGCGUAACGAAACUUUACGCAAUGUUUCCAGCUCACCGAAUCAGUUGAACGAGCUGUUACUGCAACGCACGAAGGAACUAAUGGAUGACAGUGUUUCCUCGUCGCCGAUCUACAUGUCCAAAUCAGAUUAUGACAAAAUGGAACCAUCGUCCCGCAAGCGAAAGCGGGUUUCUCCGAUUCAAUUCGACUUGACGGACGAGGACGAACGGCACGACAGUGACGAUGACUAUCAUCAUCACCGUGAUCGAAGAGCACGCAGCAGAGAGGAACAUCGCGCACAGCAUCGCAGUCCAUCGCGAGACAGUGAUGACCGGUCCGUGACGAGAAAGGAUUCGCGCCGCGAAUGGGAACGAGAAGGUGAGGGACGCGAAAGUCACGGCGGCAGAGUCAAAUCACCGGGGAGGAAAAUUAAGAAACUUGAAUCAAGCCGCAAAUUCGACGAUAUUCCGCCACUGCUUAGUGCCGUUUCUUUGUCCGGAGCGGAAGGAAAGACCACCAAGAUGGUUAGUAGUGGUGCAUUGAAAGAACGAUGCAAAUAUUUCCCCAACUGUCGCCAGGGUGAUGCCUGUGAGUUUCUCCAUCCAACCACACCAUGCAAAGCUUUUCCUAGCUGCAAAUUUGGCGACAAGUGCCUCUAUCUUCAUCCAAUGUGUAAAUACGAUCAAACCUGUAACCGGUUGGACUGUAGCUUUAUGCACUCCAAAAGUGCAUCCACAGGCACAUCCAGUGGCUUAUCGGCGCCACCGCUAGCUUCAUCCGUCGUUCCGGUACAAAAUUAUAAGUCGAUUAUUGCGAAACCACUUCCACCUGUGUGCAAGUUCUAUCCAAACUGCGUCAACAGCCAGUGCCAGUAUUUUCAUCCGAAGAUGUGCCGCUUCGGCAAACAUUGCGUUAAUAAGAUUGAGUGUAACUUCUACCAUUACGAUAUACCGACGAAGGAUCUGCACGAUGCAUCAUCAAAGGACAAAUUUCGAUGGAUCUCUCCAUUCUCUGCUUGAGUGGCGCUUAGCCCAAACUAGGCUAUAGUAGCUGCUGGUAGGCAGCAAAGACACAUUGAUUAUAACUUGAUUUGUGCUUUUAGUUCUCUUUCGCUUAUUGCUCAUAUUGCUUCGUUGUGGUUUUUAUCGAGUUUUUCAAACAGGUUUAGAUUGACAAAACUGAACGUGCAUGCCACAAGGUACUGCACUUUCUUCCGCUAGGCGUUCGUUUAUUAUGUGCUAGAUUUAAAAACAAAAAACAAUAAGACACAUUGGAUAUUUAUUCUACUUGUGCAAAUCCUAACUAAUGCUUUAGGGCAACACAAACAUACGAAUCAGUUUACGUAUCUUAUGAACGGUUAGAUUCUUUUAUUGCAAAAAGGAAAAUACAUGUAUAGGCAAAAUAUUGAAUGUACUCAUGUAUGAAUGAAUACAAACUACAAAACACAUUAGUUUACAUAACCGACAUUGGAUUGAUUGUUGCUCUCAAAACACAACAAAACACUUAUUAGGUAGAUAGAAGAAGUGCAUCAUCCGUUAGGAGAGGUGCUGCGUUUCGUAAAGAUCAGCGCAAGGAGACGAAUAUCCUUUAUUAGGCACUUUGCAUUAUGUGCUGAUUUGUGUAAGCAGGCAAACAUAAUAUUAGAUGUAGUAGCAUGUUCAAAGAAUAAUUAAAUUUAAUCGCUCUGAAA